GAGGAGGGGGCAUGAGGGGAGAGGCAUCACCCACCCGGAGGCCUCGGCUCGGCCGCGGCUCUGGGGCUGGAGGUGACAGGUUGGGAAUGGGGAUCGGGCUGGUUGAACAUGGCCUUGCUCCUUGCGGGGGUUGGACGGGGUGAGCCUUGAAGGUCCCUUCCAUUCUAUGGGGCCAGUGGUGUGGAAGCGGAGUUGUGCUGCUUGCAGCUUGGGGUGUGUGCAGGGAAAACCCUUGGACCUGAACGCGAAACGGGACUCCCGGCACCUGGGACUUCCUCUUUACCAGUGCUUCUAAAUCCCAGCGUUCCCAUGCUGGAAGCGACAGCUCCCGGUGGGCACCCGCAGCCUCAGCUCCUGGAGCAGCUCUUGUGUGUGGGGCAACGACAGUUUCAGCUCAAGGACUCUUGGGAAGAGUUUGCUGCUGGUCUGAGUUCAGGAUUAGCCCUGUGCUGUUAAACGUCUGCUACCGAAACCGUAACUCAUUUAUAAGUGCUUUAUAGACACGGGCAGAGAAGGUCUCUGCCUAGAAGAAUUUACAACCUAAUGAGGACCGAAGCGGAGUGAAAAGCCUUUUGCAUCGAAGAUGGCGGGUGGCGUGGACGGCCCCAUAGGGAUCCCGUUCCCCGAUCACAGCAGCGACAUCCUCAGCAGCCUGAAUGAGCAGAGGAACAACGGGCUGCUGUGCGACGUGGUCAUCCUGGUGGAGGGCCAGGAGUUCCCCACGCACCGCUCCGUCCUGGCCGCCUGCAGCCAGUACUUCAAGAAGCUCUUCACCUCAGGGUUAGUGGUGGACCAGCAAAACGUGUAUGAGAUAGACUUUGUGAGCGCGGACGCGCUGUCGGCGCUGCUGGAGUUCGCCUACACCGCGACCCUGACCGUCAGCACUUCCAACGUCAAUGACAUCCUCAACGCCGCCACACUGCUGGAGAUCCCGGCGGUCAGGGAUGUUUGCACCGAUCUCCUGGACAGGAAGAUUCUGGCCAAGAAUGACCAGAUGGAUACAGUAGAUCAAAUUGAUCAGAGGAACCAUCUCAGAGCAAAAGAGUACCUGGAGUUCUUCCAGAGCAACCCCGUCAAUGGCCAUCAAGGCAGCUUCCCGUGGACCAACCCAGAGUUGAGAGACCUUCAGAGACUGAACUUCCGAGGCCAAGAGGAGGAGGAGGAGCCGGACUGCAAUGGUAUGGACUUGUACUCGCAAGCCCCUCUCAAUGAAAGACCAAAGGCGAAUGACUGUGAUCCUGACAGCAACCCAGCCAUGUGGCUGGACAGGGAGGAGGAGGAGGCGGCUCCAGGCUCCAUGUUCUCCCCUUCUCAGAAUGGACAUUACAGCAGCCGCGGCCUGGCCACACCGGGAGAAGAGGAGGGUACCCCGGGGGCCCCUCUGGACCAGCAGGAAACCAGUGACUCCCCCAGCUUCGUUCCUGCUGGAGCGGAGACGGAGGAUGACGGCAGGGAGGUGGAUGGGAUGGCUGCGAGUGCCCUGCUGCAGCAGAUGAUGAAUUCCGUGGGGAGGCAGCAGCUGGGCGAGGACGACCGCAAGGAUGACGAUGGGGUCAUGGAUUAUUACUUGAAGUACUUCGGCAGUUCGAGCGAGGGGGACGUUUACCCCUCCUGGUCCCAGAAGGUGGAGAAGAAGAUCAGGGCCAAAGCAUUCCAGAAGUGCCCCAUCUGCGAGAAGGUGAUCCAAGGAGCGGGGAAGCUGCCGCGCCACAUCCGCACCCACACCGGAGAGAAGCCCUAUGAGUGCAACAUCUGCAAGGUCCGGUUCACCAGGCAGGACAAGCUGAAGGUGCACAUGCGGAAGCACACGGGGGAGAAGCCCUACCUGUGCCAGCAAUGCGGUGCUGCCUUCGCCCACAACUACGACUUGAAGAACCACAUGCGCGUCCACACCGGCCUGCGGCCCUACCAGUGCGACAGCUGCUUCAAGACAUUCGUCCGCUCCGACCACUUGCACAGGCACCUUAAAAAGGAUGGAUGCAACGGGAUCCCGUCCCGGCGGGGCCGUAAGCCGCGGGUGAGGGAUGCCGCCGGUGUUCCCAGCACCCCACCGGGGAGCGCCGAAGAUGGGAGCUUCCCAACGGGUGGGGAGAGUCAGGAAUCAGAGGACACCCAGCAGAGGAACGGCCCCGAGCAGCAGCACUUUGAGGAGCAGUCCCAUAAUGAAGCGUCGGGAUUGAAUGUAGCAGGAGGGUCGGCUGAGGGUAACACGCAAGGACUCUCCUAAACCAAAAACAUAGCGGAUAAAGCAUCACGAGAAGAAAACAAACCCUUUUAGUUAGCGACUUUUCCUCCUGUUUUUUUCUCUUUAGAGAUGUUUCUCUCCCUUUUUUUUAAGAAAAAAAGAAAAAAAAAGGAAAAAAAAAGAGGGGAAAAAAGAAAACAAAAAAAUAAGAAUAGAUUUUACGUUUCCAAUCUUCCCAUCGUAAGUAAGCGGAUCCCUCGGUAGCCAAGGACCUUGGAAAGGCAGACGCUAGGCAGCACGGGGCGGGGAUGGAAAGUGGCUCUGUCGCAUGGAAAAGAGCUUCCAUGUAAAUCCAAAGCUUUAUUUUGUGUCCAAACACACGUUAAAAAGAGAGGAGAAAAAAAAUAACAAAAAAGUACUUAUUUCAGAGAUCUAUUUAAGAAAAAAAAGCAAAAAUAGCAAAAAAAGAGGUGGUAGGAGAGGAAGGGCUCGGUCAGGGGCUGGAGCAGGGCUGCCCCACUCUGCUCUAUGGGAAGCCAGAGCCGCAGGCAGCGGUGGCUGCUGCAUCCCAGGCAGCAUCCAGGGAUGGGGCUCAGGGUCUGUCCCGGCAGCCCCAUGGGAAGCUGGGAGAACAUUGCCGAAAAUUGCCUGAAAUUAGCCCAAUUCUGGGAGUUUGCAGGGUGGGACAUGGGGUUGGGGACACCGUUGUUGGUGUGGGGGCACCUGGCAUUGGGGACACCCAAUGAUGGGGAUACCCAAGGUGAUGCCACCAUCCCCAUGCCAGUGCCACCACCGAGGGUGCACCCAUCCCCAUCCCAGGGGGUCCCUGUGCUCCUGGGAAGGAGCCAGGAUGGAUCCGGAUCUGGCACCGGAUGGAUCCAGAUCUGGCACCGGAUGGAUCCCACUGGUUCCUUCCCACCCCCCCCCCCCAUAAUCUGCAGUGGGUUUUGGGUACCGGCAGCGCAAAAGGCCCCGAAAGCGCCUAAAAAUGGGCAAUUCCUCUUGGAAAAGGUUAUUUGAGGUCUCCCUUGAGGGGGCAGGAGGCCUUUGGGCAGGGAGGGGGGUGAGGAGCUGCACCCCCCGCUCCCCCAGCCCCCCCCUUCCCAAAUAGUAAAUAUAUAUAUAUAUAUAGAGAUGCUCUAUGGCUCGAGAGGCGGGUAAAGACCCCUUGGGGUUAGCGGAGGAUGAUGAGAAAAGGCACCUUUCAGCUGGUCACCUGUUUUCUAAAUGCACAUUUUUAACUGAAAUGAAACAAAAAAGAGAUUUUUAAGCCCUUUUAUUUUUUAAAAAAAGAAAAAAAAAAGCACUUUUCAGAUUCUCUUCCUUUUUUUUUGUUUUAUUCCCUUUUUUGGGUUGUUUUUGGUGUUUUUACUUUCAAAAGAGCAGGUUUUAUUGGCCGAAUGUAUAUGGAGAGGGAGUGAGACGGGAGCGUGUGCUGGGGGGGGCUGAGUGGUGGG